ACAUUUCUACACUAUAUAAACCCUUGUCUAUUUUUCCUUCUCAUCACCACUAUUACCACACCCAUCUUAAUUCUCACUUGCACUAAACAGUCCCUUAUCUUAUUUCAUCACUCACUUAGCACAAGAAGAAUAUGAAGAGAGAAUUCAUCAAAGCAUGUUCUAAAAAAUGGAGGAAGAUGGGGAGUAGAGUGAUACCUUGUGCAGGAUGUGAGCACUGUUGUCAAUGGAGUUUAUGGGCUUCACUGCAUGAAGGAAAAUCAAUACCAAGAGAUGUACCAAAGGGUCAUUUAGUUGUAUAUGUAGGUGAAAACUAUAAGAGAUUUGUGAUCAAGAUUAGCUUACUUGAGCAUCCACUCUUCAGAGCAUUGCUUGAUGAAGCUAAAGAUGAAUAUGACUUCACUGCCGACUCUAAACUCUGCAUUCCCUGCGAUGAGACUAUUUUCUUAGACGUUGUCCGAUGCGCGAGCUCUCCGCAGAAUGGAAAGACUUGCCUGUCAUUCUAAAGAAUAAGAUUUUUAUUAAUAUUAGAAUAUAGCUCUUCAGAAAGCUGAUUGAUUGUUGUUCCUUGAGGCUUAAGGUAAUGCUUAAGUGUAACCCUUUGUAUGCUGUAGACUAAGUAGUACUAGUAAGUAGUAACUGUAACAUAAAGAUUCUCUCCCCUCAUUCAAUUUGUAAUUCAAUUUGAGAUGUUCUGCGCUGUAAAUCCUGUCAUCUUGUUUGCUGUAGGCUUAAAUUCACAGAGAUUUUCAAUGCAACGUCACCCAAGCCAGAGAUCUUACUCAAGGAUCAUGCAAUAUUUUUAAAUUAAGUAAA